GUCAUUCUUGACGCUACAAAAGUUUUGAAGAAGCAGAGCUAAUUUGAGUUUCAAAUAAUAUAAUAUAUUGGUGCAAGCGACAAGCCCAUCGUAGAGAUGAAGGACCCAUUGAAUCCAAAUCCGUCUGCCCAAGGGGAUGCAAUUGCUGUAACUAUUCCGCUCGCAGAUGAUUUGAACGCAUCUCCUAUCCAUGUUACCAAUGCCAUGGAUUGUGAUGCGCCCGAAAAGCCAUUAGAAUUGAAAAAAAAAGCCGAUGAUAAAUCUUCUCGCGUGAUCACUGUUGGCGAUUCUCAGUCGCAUAAGCCAUUAGAAUUGAAAAAAAUGGCAGAUGAUGAAUCUGCUGUCGUGAUCAAUGCUGACGCAACCAGUGGCUCUAAGAAGCAAAAGAAAAAGAAAAAUAAGGGGAGAUCGAAACGUACCCAAAAGGCAACUAGUCGCCCGUUGACCAUGUCCGUGUCCGCCAAGGAUGCGCUUAUGGUUUUGAAUGAGUUGAAGGGCGUGACAAUCGACAAAAUGGAAGUAAAACGAAAGCACGAUGGGAUAAUUAUGGCCUACAUUGUUGUUAACUCAAAGAAAUACGAAGGGAAGGGUUUUUCGUUAGCCUCUGCCAGGAAUGCAGCUUGCGAGAAGGCUCUGCAGGGAGUCUUAACCACCAAAAUGAAAGCUGUGUUGGACGAGCCAGAAAAUAGCGCGGGCAGCGAUGAGGAUGAUUUACUCGGAAAGAUGGCCUCUUAUGCCGUUCACAAACUUGCUGAGGAAUGGAAGAGUAAUGAUAUUGAUGUCGCAGCCGUGUAUAAUGACUUGAAGAAGAAGCUGACGCCUGGCUUCGAUCCAAAGGCAUCGUCGCCAGGGAAGCCGUUGCCCAAAUCAUGGAAGAAUAUGGACCCUUGCAUGGUUCUUACCUAUAUGCGCCCCCAGAUAAACUUUAAAGUUUCGAGUUUCACUGGUACUGACCAAAAUAAAACUUUCUCCAUGAGCGCCCGUGUGGACAACUGCGAGUUUAAUGCUGAUGGGCCAUCCAAAAAGGUAGCCCGCUACAGACUAACCGCUUUAGUUUGUAACAAACUUUUUGGAACCGAAUAUCCACAAAAAUAAGCGAAAACAUCAAAUGGAUCUGGGCGCAUUGCCGGCAACACGUAAUACUGACUUGAAUAAAUAUAAUAAUACCUUACAACAAAUAACACUCUUCAUUGUAUUCAUUUGUAUCGUAAAUAAAACUUAAACCACUUCAUUCA